ACAUCUGAACAAAGGCCUGCCCCUUUUCAUGAGGAUUUCUCUACCGCCAUCGUUACUUUACGUGUAAUCACGAUUACUAAAUCGGAUUACGCUACUUUUAUUAUAUUUCAAGACGUCGGUAACAGUAGAGAUAGCGUCCGAAAUGGAUGUGGAUCAGCAUGAGACCUACGGUGAGACUAAAUCGGCCAUGCAUACUUGGCGAUAUCGCCACCAUUUCACGUACAAGGCAGAUCAAGGAAAAAAUAUCAUCGUCCAGUGUAAUCUAUGUCUGCCGAGGGUCAAUCUGCUGUCCACGUCGAAAACCUCAACAUCAAACCUAAAGAAGCAUUUAGAUAGAACACACCUGGGCUGUGAGGCCAGGCCUGAUGCCAAGAGGGGACGGAAGAGAGAAGAGCACAAUGGAGAGGAAAGCAGGCACUGCCAGCUCAAGAAACUCAAGGCAGAAAUCAUCUCCAAAUGCUUGACCCAGGCAAAGAUCGAUGAGCUAGUUUUUAACUUCAUCGUGGAAGACUGCCAGUCGUUUUAUGUGCUAGAGCAACCCGGCUUCAGGAGGCUGAUUGCAGGCUUAACUGAAGGGCUAAAGUCCAUGGACAGGGUGACCUUGUUUACAAAGGUGGACCAGGGUUUCUCCAGGAUGCGGGAGGAUCUGAUGGCGAAACUCGCCAACAUCCAGUACGUGUGCACCACAGCCGACAUUUGGACAGCCAACAACAGAAGCUUCUUCGGGAUGACCUGUCACUGGAUCGAUCCAGGCUCUCUGGAGAGGAAAUCCGCCGCUCUGGGGUUCGCGCGGCUGCAGGGCAGGAUCACGUACGACACCAUCGCCGGACGGAUACAUGACAUCCAUGUGGCGUACAAUAUUGAGAGCAAAGUUCAGACCACGGUCACCGAUAAUGGCAGCCCCUUUAUGAGCGUGUUCAAAGAGUUUGCGGUGGACAGCACGGAGAGCGACGACGACAUUGGGUUCUACGAGAACGUGAGCGCCGUCCUCGAGGGGGAGCCGGAGCAGGACAUGCUGCUGUUUCUGCCCACUGUGCAGCGCUGUGCAUCACACACCCUCGAGCUGAUUGUCACUGAGGACUUUUGGCAGGCUGUGUCACAAGGGCCCAUGUGCCAGCUACAUUACAGCGUGAUGGCCAAGGUGUACGCCAUAUGGAGCAAAUGCCACCAUCUCCAGGUCGGUAUGGAUGCUGCAGAGGAGAUAGGGAAGAUGGCACUUGUUGUCCCUGCUGUCAUACGCUGGAAUGUGGAGUACUGUGCUGUGCAGAAGAUUGUCUCUCUCAGUGAGCGAGAGCUGACGGAGCUGUGCGCCCGCCUGGAGGUCCCGCGCAUGCAGCCAGAGGAGAUGGCCUUCCUGAAAGAAUAUGUGACCGUGUUCCACCCGCUCGCUUUUGCACUAGAACUUUUCCAAGCGGAGCAGAAAUGCUACCUGGGUCUGGUCAUCCCGACCGUACUCAGUCUGAAGAACAAGUUAAAUGAGCAGAAAGACGCAGCGAAUUACUUUGGCGACGUCGUCAACGCCAUCGUGGUGGCAAUUGACGUGCGGUUCCAGGAGCUGUUUGACAGCACAGAAGCAAAGAUUGCGACGGCGACGACUCCACAGUUUCGCCUGUGGUGGAUUGCGGCGUCUGAGAGGGAGGAGAUGUGCGCCCUGCUGGCCACAGAGGCGUCCCAGGUGGAGCCCUGCAACGUGACGCUGCGUAAUGCAACCGAGGCAAAGUCCAGUCGCAACUUGUCUACCAUUGAAUCUGAGGAUGACUUCUUCAGCUACGGGCCAGUGAAGCCUGCCAUUCAGAUCCAGCAGCGGGGAGUGAUGGAGGAGAUCCGCAAGUAUGUCGAAGGGACAGGGAAGAGCCUGGAGUGCCUGCAGGACUUCCCCAGAGUGAAGCAGCUUUUCCUAAAAUACAACACCACCUUGCCGUCCACGGCUCCUGUCCAGCGUCUCUUCAGUCAGAAAGGCAACCUGGUCACCUCACAGAGAAACUUUCUGACUGACGACUACUUUGAACGCAUUCAGCUCUUGAGAUACAACAGCAACGUGUGCAAUUUGGUGCCUGAGUGAAUAUACUGACAGUGACUCUCUCUCUCGCUCGCUCAGCCUUUUAAUUGAUUCAGAAUCAAACCACAUUGUGCUAACAUCCUUACAGAAAACCGCUGAGUAAAAUCAAAUUUUAGAGAUAUCUGUUUUCUUAUAUUCCUCCCCUGCCUGUUUUGGUAGGCAUUAUAUCUCCCGCUCCUGAAUGGCCUAAUGAAAAUAUCAAAUUGACAAUCAUGGACAAUGGCAUUCAAGGACUGAAUAUACUGACAAAAGCAUAUUUCUAUCUGUGCUAUUGUUGUGAUUUAAAGUAGCCACAGGGUUAAACUGAAGUGAUUGUCUUUUAUUUAAGGUAGUUUUUUUUUUUUCUACAGCUCUUCAAUGACAAUGCAUCUCCCUGUCUGUAUGUUUUAUAUCAUAUAUAAAGAGACAAGGAAACAGCCA